GUUCAGGACUGAAUCCCAGAAUCACACUGGAUAACAACCAACAGAAAACAUUUCAGCCAGGCGCCAUUUUCACACGACAACUGUAUUUGGGCAGCGGAGAACUUUUCCCCCCGUACUGGCUCUUACUGUUAGAGUAAAAGUAUAGCAGGAUGUUUUUGAAACUCUUAGCAAUGCUAUUCUUGUCAUUGAGUGUGGUAAGAUCUCAACAAUCAACCCAGGAUGCAUUUAUGAUGGAAUAUUUUCAGAGGAGAAUCAUGGAGAUGGAGGAACGUCUUAUACAAUGCGAUCAGAACGUCCAGACGGUCAACCAGAGGAUGUAUGAUAUGGCCGCAGAGAUGCGUGGUCAGGUUCAAAGUGUGAGAGCGCUGAAGACAGAGAUUCAGGGCUAUGUGGACAGCCUGGCUACACGGGUGGACAGAGUGGAAAGAGACAUCGAGUACCUGCAAAAUAAGCUCCCCGACACAUCCAGUGUAGAGAUCUCAGACUCUCUGCUGGAUCAACAAGUUAAAGAAGCCCAAAGCAAAGGGAAAGCUGUAAUCAGACAGGGAAAAGAGUGUAACAUCAAAUUCUCUGGCGUCAAAUCGCAGAAAAUCCUCAAGAAAGCAGGAGAUUUAAUAGGCUCAUGGCUGAAAGACCCAACCACAGGCUCCUCUAAGAUCUACUUCUUUAGUGGCUCGAGGAACAAAACACUGCUUCAGUUUGGUUCAAUAAAGACCUUCACCGAGACCAAUUCCACCAACAAGCCCAAGGUCAUCCAGCUCCCUCGGCCAUGGCAAGGAACAGGCCACGCAGUCUAUGAUGGUUUUGUCUACUAUCACAAUGCUGAUACCCGAAAUGAAGUGCUCAAGGUUGACCUUUCCAACCACACCAUCGUUGACCGCAUGAUUCUGCCCAACGCUGGACGCCUCCCCGUUUAUGGACUCACUCCUUACACCUUCCUGGAUUUUGCUGUGGAUGAGAUGGGACUAUGGGUCAUCCAUGCUGAUCCGGACUUUGGAGGAAAUCUUGUGAUCACCAAGUUGGACUCCAAAAGUCUGUCGGUAGAGCACACAUGGGAUACGACCUGCAAGAGCUACAAUGCAGAAGGUGCCUUCAUGAUCUGCGGCACCAUGUAUGUCAUCUACAACUCACACUCUGGAGGCCGCUCCAACAUCCAGUGCCUGUUCGAUAUCCAUGACAGCAUCUGGACUGAAGAAUUGCCUGUGAUAUACUUCCCAAAGCGCUACUCCAGCCACUCGAGCAUGCACUAUCACCCGCAAGACAAGCAGAUCUACGCCUGGGACGAAGGCUUCCAAACUACCUACCAGUUGGAUGUGAAGAAGAAAUAACAGAUCACAGAUCAAGUCUUAAGCCUGCUUAACUCUACCUAAUCUCAUUUUAAUGUUUUCAUUUGGUCAUCACAUGCUCAGAAAAAUUACACUAUAAUAAACAUGAUGAUACCAUCAAGGAGGCAUCA